AUGUGCCCUUGUACAAAAUGUGUCAAUUGUCACUCUUAUUCUCGCGUAUGUGUUUAUGAACACUUAACAGAUCCACACUGUGGAUUUCUUAGAGGCUAUAGACAAUGGAUAUAUCAUGGUGAAAAACCUAGAACUUCAAGUAGCGCUACUAAACAAAAUGUAGAAAUGGAGCAUGACAUGGAUGGAUUAGUUCAUGAUGUAUUUGGAAUUCAUUCUACAGAAGAGCCAAUUUGUGGUGAAGGUGAAAGAAUUCCCGAAGUUAGAGAAAACUCUAAAUUUUACGAAUUUGUAAAGGAGAAUGAGCAAAUGCUUUACCCCAACUGUAAGAAGUAUAGCAAGCUAUCAUUUAUGGUACAUUUGUAUCAUUUAAAGUGUCUUCAUGGGUGGAGUGACAAGUCAUUCUCCAUGUUGCUUGAUUUACUAAGAGAUGCUUUACCAGAAGAAAAUGUUUUGCCAAAGUCAUAUUAUGAAACUAAAAAGAUUGUUUCAGGAUUAGGUUUGGGGUAUGAGAAGAUCCAUGCUUGUCCCAAUGAUUGCAUAUUAUAUUGGGAUAAAUAUGCCAAAUAUGAAGUAUGUCCAAAGUGUAGUACGUCAAGGUGGAAAACAACAAAUGAAGACGUACAAGGUAAUGGAUUGGAGACUUCUGAGAGGCGAAAGAAGAUACCAGCAAAGAUCCUUCGAUGGUUUCCAUUGAAACCAAGGUUGCAAAGGUUAUACAUGUCCUCCAAAGUUGCAGAAUCAAUGAGAUGGCACCAUGAGAGUAGAUUGAAUGAUGGUUCUCUUAGGCAUCCAGCUGAUUCCCUUGCUUGGAAGAAUUUUGACGCUCGAUAUCCAACAUUUUCGUUAGAUCCUCGUAAUUUUCGAUUAGGAGUGGCUUCAUAUGGUUUCAAUCCUUUCAAGACUAUGAGUAUUACUCAUAGCACUUGGCCUGUCAUUCUAAUUCCUUACAAUCUUCCUCCUUGGAUGUGCAUGAAACAACCAUACUUCAUGUUAUCACUAUUAAUUCCGGGUCCAAAAGGUCCUGGAAAUAACAUUGACAUUUAUCUGCAACCUUUAGUACAAGAGUUGCAAGAGUUAUGGGAUGAUGGAAUUGAAACAUUUGAUGCCUAUAAGAAAGAGACAUUUCAACUUCGUGCAGCUAUGAUGUGGACUAUUAAUGACUUUCCAGCAUAUGCUAACUUGUCUGGAUGGAGUACUAAAGGUCAAUAUGCAUGUCCAUGUUGUGGUAUUGAAACUACCUCGCAGUGGUUACGUCAUGGUAAAAAAUUUUGCUACAUGGGUCAUCGUCGUUGGUUAUCUCCCAAACAUAAGUGGAGAUUGAAUAGUAGGGAUUUUGAUGGAACACGAGAGCUAAGGAUCCCUCCUAAAAGACUUGAUGGGACUGAUAUUUUAAGACAAAUAGAUGAAUGUAGAGAAAAAGGUCUAGCAAAUGGAGCACAACCUUGGAAAAAGAAGAGCAUUUUCUUCACAUUGCCUUAUUGGCAAUAUAAUGUAUUGUGUCAUAAUCUUGAUGUGAUGCACAUUGAAAAGAACGUAUGUGACAACAUUAUUGGUACAUUGUUAAACCAAGAGGGAAAAUUCAAAGAUAAUUAUAAGGCACGAGCUGAUCUUGUAGAUAUGGGUAUAAGAAGUAUGCUCCAUCCUCAACAAAGUCCUAAUAUAACUACAACGUGUUUGCCUAGAGCAUGCUAUCAAAUGACUAACAAAGAAAAGGAAUCUUUCCUAAGCAUUCUCAAGAAUGUAAAAACUUCAGAUGAAUGCUCAUCAAACAUCCCACGUUGUGUGCAUGUCAAGCAACACAAGAUGUUUGGAUUGAAAAGUUACGAUUGUCAUGUUUUGAUGCAAGAGCUUCUUCCAGUAGCAUUACGGGGUUCAUUGCCAGAUAAAGUCACUUCAGUGUUAGUUGAUCUUUGCAAUUUCUUCAAGCAAAUUUGUUCUAAGGUACUUAAUGUGGAAUUUCUAUCACAAUUGGAGUCUCAAAUAGUUAUCACACUUUGUCAGUUGGAAACAAUUUUUCCUCCUUCAUUUUUUACUGUUAUGAUGCAUUUGGUAAUUCAUUUGGCACACGAAGCCCAAGUUGCUGGACCGGUACAAUAUCGAUGGAUGUAUCCGCUUGAGAGGUUUCUUCUUACUCUUAAGUCCUUUGUACGUAAUAGAGCCCAUCCAGAAGGAUCAAUUGCAGAGGGAUUUUUGCCAAUGAAUGUUUGA